AUGCCCCCGAAAGCACGUACUCCUCGCGGCAAGGCCGCCGCCGCGGUUGAAGAAGCGCCUGUCGCAUUGCCAAUGAAGCGAGGUCGCGCCGCCAAAGCCGAUGUCGUCGCCGAGCCCCCGAAGAAGCGCGGUCGCCCUGCGAAAGCACAAGCUGAAGAGCCCGUCGAAGCCGCGCCGGAGCCCAAGAAACGCGGUCGCCAGGCCAAGGUUGCGCCGGAACCCACUGUCGAAGAAGAAGCCGCAGCAGUAGUAGCAGUCAAGAAGGGCAGAGGAAGGCCCAAGAAGGACGCCGUCACUGUACAAGAAGAAGAUGCGCCGGCCAAGAGUCGUGGACGCCCUAAGAAAGAGGCUGUUGCAGAGCAAGCUCCAGCUACACCCAAGCGUGGCCGUCCAGCGCGCGCUGCAGUCGACCUUCACCGCGUCGCUGGCUCCCCUCGCAUCGGCAAAAGGUCGUCUCCUCGUAACACCAACAAGACCAAGCCCGAGCCCCCCGCUCGCCGCCUCGAUCCUCGCAUGCGAUCCAAAUUGCGCACGCGACUGCCAGCUAAGAAGAGCGAGCCAGUUCCGAAGCCAGCUCCGAAGCCAACUUCUAGACGUGGACGUCCGCCCAAGGCCGCUGCCGCUGCCGCUGGUAUUGCUCCAAAGCAAAUCACGAAGCCGUCGAAGCCCCUCGCCCCUCGCAAGAUGCGCGGCCACACCGUGCGCCAAAUCCCCGACCGAUACAUCGCGCAGAUCGACCAAUACCUCCACGACCUCAUCGAAGCGGACGAGUCUCCUGCCGCAGAGGAGCAAGAGGACGGCGUAGUCGUUGAAGUUGAAGAUGCCCAGGAUGCGCUUGUGUCUUCAGAGCAGGAUCGUGAUCAAUAUCAAGAGGACAGUGACGGCGGUAUCGACAUGAACGGUCAACAAGACCUCAUUGAAGACGAGGAAGACAUGCAGGCUGUUGCCGCGCUGCAGCAGCAGGAGAGAGACGAGUACGCCGAAGACUCACCCGAGGAGGCAAACGAUGACGAAUUCCCCGAAGAGCUCCACGAGAACGACGAGCCUCAGUACCCAGACGAGGGCGAGAACGACGAGAACAUCGAGCCGGUACACGACGACGUUGAGAUGAGCAUGCACGACGUCGAGAUGGAGGCGGACGCGGAUGGCAACACCCUCCUCACCACUAUCGACACCGACAUUGUAGUCCGCGACGAUAGCCCUCCCCUAGAUGUUGAAGACGAUGUUGAAGAGGAGGAUGGUCUUCUCAACCCGACUCCCCCCAGGCCUUCGGCGGCUGCUGCUAUCUUCAGCUAG